UCUUCCUCUGGGCUGGUCUCUGAUGGAGUUGAAGAUGUUCAUCAGCAAUCAGAUUUUAUUGUUUUUGAGCACUGGCCUUCAUCAGAUAGCUAUAGCCAGACGAUUGGAUUCAUGCCAUGCACCACCACUGUGCCUGGAAACAUGUUCCUUAUCUGUGUAUGUUUCAUUGAUGUUGUUUGCAGCCAAGCUCUGGUAUGAUGGGAGUGAAAUUCUGGUGGAAGUUGCUAGUCCUAGAAUUUCUGGUGGGGUUUUUCUACCUCUGCUCGGCUCGCUUCUUCAUGCUAUUAUCAGCUUUGCAUCCAGACUAUGUAGGAACACAGAAACUGCUGAAAAUGAUAAGGUGUCAGCUGGGAUCGGCUUGCUAACUGGAUCAACUGCUAUGCUUCUGAUGUUACUAGGGGAUCCUUCAUCAUAGUUGGCAAGUAUGACCUUGAAUAUUCAAGGGAUAAAGCAUCGAAGAAGGAUGCCAGAGGAUUCAUCUUAGUUGGUACCUCGCUCUACUCUUCAAUUACUUCAACUAUUUCGAUCUCAACAGGGGUUGCUUCGAAAUUGUAAACUACCAAAUUUUGUUUUCGUAGCACAUAGUGCAUAUUCCUUUAUUUCUAUUUUCAGGUUCAGUUCUUAGUACUAACGUGUAGGCUAGCUAUAUUGCA